UGUGCUUGUCUCUCACCUCAGCCAAAGAAUGGAGCAGAGCAGACCUCUACAAUCAAGUUGCCAAUUAAAGUAAAAAUUAUUCCAACUCCACCUCGCAGCAAGAGAGUUCUGUGGGAUCAGUACCAUAAUCUUAGGUACCCCCCUGGGUACUUUCCCAGAGACAAUUUGAGGAUGAAGAAUGACCCUCUGGACUGGAAUGGGGACCACAUCCACACCAACUUCCGGGAUAUGUACCAGCAUCUGAGGAGUAUGGGUUACUUUGUUGAGGUUCUGGGCUCCCCAUUUACAUGUUUUGAUGCCAGUCAGUAUGGUACACUAUUAAUAGUUGACAGUGAAGAGGAAUUCUUUCCUGAGGAGAUUUCUAAACUGAGAAGGGAUGUGGGGAAUGGACUGUCAGUGGUUGUGUUCAGUGACUGGUACAAUACAUCAGUCAUGAGGAAAGUCAAAUUCUACGAUGAAAAUACAAGACAGUGGUGGAUGCCGGACACUGGUGGUGCCAAUAUCCCAGCCUUGAAUGACCUGUUAACAGUUUGGAAUAUGGCCUUUAGUGAUGGAAUUUAUGAAGGAGACUUUUCCUUGGCAAAUCAUGAUAUGUAUUAUGCAUCUGGCUGCAGCAUCGCCAAGUUUCCAGAAGAUGGAGCAAUUUUAUCACAAACGCUAAAGGACCAAGGCCUAGAGGUCUUAAAGCAGGAAACCUCUAUGGUUGACAAUGUUCCUGUGCUGGGAUUGUAUCAAACCCCUUCUGAAGGUGGAGGAAGAAUAGUUCUCUAUGGAGAUUCCAAUUGCUUGGAUGACAGCCACCGCCAAAAAGGUACUCUUCUUAACAUCUUGUUCUGA